AUGAGCUCAUUCUAUCAGCCGCAUAACCCUUAUUUCCCUUCGGACCUAUCGAACGGUAGUCAGGAGCAGUACAAUUCGGCCGUUGCCGCCGCGUCGAACGUUGGUGCCAACAUCGCGUCGGCCGCAGGCCCGUCCGUGCAGUCGUUCCUGGUAGGCACCCAGCCUGGGGCAGCAUCGGCCGCUGCCGCAGCCACUGACCAGUACAAAUGGAACCAUUUCUACUAUCCGUACGGACUGCGUACCGCCAGCUACGACCGAUUCGGAGACAGUUCACCAGCGGCCAAUGCUCAAGCCGGUGUUUUGACGGCAAACAAUGCCAACGGCACCUUAGGAACCUCUCAGGUGAAUCUCAAUCCUGCGGCGAACGGCGUGGAUAACGAUGCAACGGCGUACCAUGUCGCGGCGGCACAUUCUUACAAUGCUUCAUGUUUGGCAACGGGCACCGGCGUGGCCCCGUACAGUCAUUUUUCUGGUGCCGCAAAUCCGUACCCCAACCCGUCUCAUCAAAGCACCAUGCUUUUUGGCAGUCCCGGUGUUACGGCUCAAAGCAUGCCCACACAGCUGAUGGGGCUCGGAGGAUACCCACCGUACGCAUGGAUAUCUCGAUCGUGUAAGUACAAUUACGGGUCCACUUUCAAUGUUGACGUUGCUAUAUAG